CAGGGCUGGGCUGAGGGGCGUGAUUGGAGGGCGCCUCUGGCAGCAGCGGCGCCCCAGCUCGCCUGGCGGAGUUGCACGAGGCGGCGAGGCGGCGGGAGCUGGAAUAGCAGAAGGAACCGCCUCGCUGAGUCCGGCCGGAGCCCUGCAGUGGCUCAGACAGUAGCAGGGACCGCCAGGUUGGCACAUCUCCCCAGCCAGGCUGCCAGGAGCUCUGCAUGCAAAUUCAGCUGCGGGCUAGAGCACGCCAACUAGAGUCGUAGGCAUGGACUUCGUCAUGAAGCAGGCCCUUGGAGGGGCCACCAAGGACAUGGGGAAGAUGCUGGGGGGAGAGGAGGAGAAGGACCCUGACGCACAGAAGAAGGAAGAGGAGCGGCAGGAGGCACUGCGGCAGCAGGAGGAGGAGCGCAAGGCCAAGCACGCACGCAUGGAGGCCGAGCGCGAGAAGGUCCGGCAGCAGAUCCGAGACAAGUAUGGGCUGAAGAAGAAAGAAGAGAAGGAAGCCGAGGAGAAGGCGGCCCUGGAGCAGCCCUGCGAGGGGAGCCUGACGCGGCCCAAGAAAGCCAUCCCUGCGGGCUGCGGGGAUGACGAGGAGGAGGAGGAGGAGAGCAUCCUGGACACGGUGCUCAAGUACCUGCCCGGGCCGCUGCAGGACAUGUUCAAGAAGUAACCGGCCCUCCCGCCCGUCCCCACUCCA